AGCAAAAACCCUAUCGAAGAAAUUGCAGUGUGUUUUCUUACAGCGAAGAGCCCCAAAGAGAAGAACAAAAUUUCGAAAAUAGAGAAAGAGAAGAAGUUGACGAUGGAUUCAAAGGCGAAGCAGAUGAUUCUUUCAGCUCUCUGCAAACACUUCUCUUUGGAUCCUGAACCUUUUGUGGGCGGAGCGGGUGAAAGUGAUAUCAAGACACUUUAUUCUAAUGUAUUGAAGGCAUCUGGAAAGGAAGUAUCUGCACAAAACAACGAUGUUUUGAAGUGGCUAGAUUUUGCGGAAGGUUUCUCUUCAGAUUCAAAGGAUUGGUUUUCAGCUCUUGAAAAGUUGAAUUUAGAGUUAGCUACCAAGUCAGUGCUCUUGGGAAACGGAUUGACGCCAUCGGCAGCUGAUGUUGCUGUGUUUUCAGCUCUGCAUUCUUCAGUGCUUGGCCUCUCAGAUUCAGACAAGGAGAAAGUACCACAUGUCAUAAGAUGGGUGAAUUACAUCCAGAAUAAAGAAGAGUUGUCGACAUUAUUUGCACCAAUACCUGUGAAGCUACCAGAAUUUAGCUUCGAGGUACCAAAACCUGCCAUUAAGGUGGAAACAAAUUCUAAUUCAAAAAAAGCUGCAGAAGGUGUAAAGCCUGUUGACAAGCCAGAUGUGCAGCCGCAGCUGGGCACAAAGAAAACUGAGCCAGAGGAACCAAAGAAAAAUGCAGCAAAAGAGAAGGAUGCCAAAAAGGAAAAGAAGAAGCCUGCUGAACCAGAACCAGCUAAGAAAGAGGCAGAGCUUAGUGUCAGUUUGCUUAACAUUCAGGUUGGUCUAAUUCGUAAAGCAUGGAAGCACCCAUCGGCGGAUAGUUUGCUGGUGGAAGAAAUAGAUGUCGGGGAGGAUAAAGUGAGACAAGUAGUUAGUGGCUUAGCAAAGUUCUGCAGUCCUGAGGAUCUAACGAACCGCCUCGUUGCACUCAUCACAAAUGUCAAACCUGGAAAGCUAAGAGAUGUAAUGUCACAAGGACUGGUUCUUUGUGCUUCAAGUGAAGAUCACUCGGUGGUAGAGCCGUUGCUACCACCUGCUGGUGCUAAACCAGGAGAGCGUGUUUCAUUUUCAGGGAUUGAAGGAAAGCCAGAAGAUGUACUGAACCCAAAAAAGAAGCAACUAGAGAAGAUAACACCGGGUCUCUACACUGAUGAAAAUGGCGUAGCCACAUACAAAGGCAUACAAUUCAUGACCUCGGCUGGACCUUGCACUUCCAGCAUCCCCAAGGCGACCAUCAAGUAGUAAACUCAGUUGAUACUUCUCUCCUCUACUCUAGCGUUUUUCUUUGAUAUUCGCAAACUCAGUUGGAAAAAGAAAAGAUGUUCUUUUUGUCACAAUUCGAAUUAAUCUAAAAACUUUCUUCUUAUUAGCUUUUUGACAAACAUCAUUGUUUCAAUUUCCCUUUUGAGAACUCUCUGCUACUAGAUACUUAGUUCCAUUUUCUUUGUUCACUCCUUUCGUUCAAGCUGUGCAAGUCCACCAUUGGAUUGCAACG